AUGAAUUGGUUGAGUAGUAAGGAACAAAAUGGAGGUGGAAUAUAUGUGGAUGCAGUUAAAUUAAUACUUGAAAUCCAUAAGGGUUAGAUAUUCAAUUCCUCAGCAAAGAUUAGUGGUGGGUUUAUAAAUAUAAAUUAAGGAAAGGAAAUAAGAAUUACUUCAACUGAAAUUAUAUCAAGCAGAGCUUAUCAUAAAGGAUCUGUAAUAUACACUAAUUCGAUCAUUGAAUCCAUUUAAAUGAAUGAGAAUUUAAUACACUGUGAGCAAGUAGAUACCGAAUAAAAUGAUGAUACUCUCUUGCUAUAAUAAAUCUAUAAAUUUGGUGGUGCUGUUUAUGCUAUGAAUUCAAACUUUAUUUACUCUAAGCAAAACACUUUUUAGAAUUGCCAUAAUAGAAACAAAGGGGGAAUGUUCUUUUUAUAAAAUACAAAUCUAUUUGAAUAUAAUUCAACAUACGCUGAUUUUUCAUCAAUUUAGGGGGGAGGGUUUUAUACUAUUGAUUCAGAAAUCGAUAUUAAUAAGACUUCAUUUAGAAAUAUAAAAGCUUUUGAUGGUGGGUUAAUAUAUGUUGAGAAAAGCAGCAAUAUAACUUUAGAUAGUGUUGAAACUUAAAACUCAAUUGUCUUAAAUGAUGGAGGUCUUAUUUAUGUAAAGCAUAGCAAAUUAAAAUGGUGGGUGUUUCUAUUUUAAUCACUCAUAGCUAUAAUUUGA